ACCUCCCCAUUCCUCCGCUCCUCCUCUCUCUCUCUCUCUUUCUCGCUCUCUCGCCGGCUCCUUCCUUUCUUGCUAUCAUUCAAGUUUAUCGACUCUUCUCCCGCGGAAGAGAGAAAAAGACAGUAGAUAAUUAGGAAGAAAAGGAUAACAGAGCUAUAAAAUCAUUGUAUAAACUGUCUGAGCUGUGUUUCUUUGUCCUCCUUCUCUCCUCUUCUCUCUCUUAUCCCUCUUCCUGCUCUCGAUCUCUGGCUCUUUGUUCCUUUUGAAGUAUAUAGGUAUAUACUGCAUAUAGAGGGGAAAAGGGGAGGAAGAAGGAAACAGUUGGGUGGGAUAUGGGCUCCGAGAGAGUAAUGAGCGGCGGCGGCGGCAGGCUGGCGGUGGCGCUGGUGGUGGCGCUGGUGGUGGCGCUGUUGCUGUCGGGGCUUCUCUUGACAGCGGAUGCUGCCGUGUCCUACGACCAUAAGGCCGUCAUCAUCGGCGGGCAGCGGAGGAUUCUCAUCUCCGGCUCCAUUCACUAUCCCAGGAGCACUCCCGAGAUGUGGCCGGAUCUUAUCCAGAAGGCCAAAGAUGGAGGCUUGGAUGUCAUACAGACGUAUGUGUUCUGGAACGGGCACGAGCCGUCCCCUGGCCAGUAUUACUUUGGGGGGAGGUAUGACCUUGUUCGCUUCAUCAAACUGGUGAAGCAAGCCGGCCUCUACGUUCAUCUUCGCAUUGGCCCCUAUGUUUGUGCUGAAUGGAAUUUCGGGGGAUUUCCUAUUUGGCUCAAAUAUGUCCCUGGUAUCAGCUUCAGGACCAACAAUGGACCUUUCAAGGCGGCGAUGGAGAAAUUCACAGAGAAGAUUGUCUCCAUGAUGAAGGCUGAAGGGCUAUUUGAGUGGCAGGGUGGUCCAAUUAUCCUCUCCCAGAUUGAGAAUGAGUUUGGGCCAUUGGAAUAUGAUGGGGGAGCUCCUGCAAAGUCUUAUGCGAACUGGGCUGCUCAAAUGGCUGUUGGUCUCAAAACAGGCGUGCCAUGGGUCAUGUGCAAACAAGAUGAUGCCCCUGAUCCAGUUAUAAAUACUUGCAAUGGCUUUUAUUGCGAUUACUUUUCUCCAAACAAGCCCUAUAAACCCACGAUGUGGACCGAAGCUUGGACUGGCUGGUUCACAGCUUUUGGAGGUCCAGUUCCCCACCGACCUGCCGAGGACAUGGCCUUUGCUGUUGCACGAUUUAUACAGAAAGGGGGAUCUUUCAUCAACUACUAUAUGUAUCAUGGAGGAACAAACUUUGGCCGGACAGCUGGUGGCCCAUUCAUCGCAACUAGCUAUGACUAUGAUGCUCCAAUUGAUGAAUAUGGUCUUUUAAGAGAGCCAAAAUGGGGCCAUCUGAGGGACUUGCAUAAAGCUAUCAAAUUGUGCGAACCGGCUUUGGUUUCGGGUGAUCCCACAGUGAUGUCACUUGGAAGUAAUCAAGAGGCACAUGUUUUCCGGUCAAAAUCUGGAGCUUGUGCUGCAUUCCUUGCCAAUUACAACCCAAGUUCAUAUGGAAGGAUAACUUUCAAUGGAAUGCACUAUGAUCUUCCCCCUUGGUCCAUCAGCAUACUCCCUAACUGCAAAACCACAGUUUUCAACACUGCAAGGGUUGGAGCUCAAUCCUCGCAGAUGAAAAUGGAAAGGGUGGGAGGGUUUUCCUGGAAUUCAUACAAUGAAGAUACCAACUCUCUUGAUGCAGAUGCAUUCACAAAAGAUGGAUUGGUUGAGCAGAUAAGUAUGACAUGGGAUCGUUCAGACUAUCUGUGGUACACGACAUACGUCAACAUAGGGCAGAAUGAACAAUUUCUGAAAAAUGGCAAGUAUCCAGUCCUUACUGUGCUAUCGGCGGGUCAUGCUAUGCAUGUUUUCAUCAAUGGACAACUGGCAGGGAAUGUUUUUGGUGGUCUAGACAAUCCAAAACUAACAUAUAGCGGAAAUGUUAAGUUGUGGGCAGGCAGCAACAAGAUCUCCAUUUUAAGUGUGGCUGUUGGGCUCCCUAAUGUCGGGAACCAUUUUGAGACGUGGAAUGCUGGUGUUCUUGGUCCGGUGACCCUGGAUGGGCUUAAUCAGGGAAAGAGAGAUCUUUCAAGGCAGAAAUGGACUUACCAGAUUGGUUUGAAAGGAGAAGCUCUGAGCCUUCACUCUCUCAGUGGAAGUUCUUCUGUUGAAUGGGGACAGGCAUCUAAAAAGCAGCCCUUAACAUGGUACAAGACUGUCUUCAGUGCACCUGCUGGGAAUGAGCCAUUGGCUUUAGAUAUGAGCAGCAUGGGAAAAGGUCAAAUAUGGAUUAAUGGAGAGAGCAUCGGUCGAUACUGGCCAGGCUACAAGGCAUAUGGUUCUUGUGGUGGUUGUGAUUACCGAGGAACAUACAGCGAGAAAAAAUGUCAAACCAACUGUGGGGAGUCCUCUCAAACAUGGUAUCAUGUCCCUCGCUCCUGGCUGAACCCAACUGGAAACCUGUUGGUUGUGUUUGAAGAGUGGGGUGGUGAUCCGACUGGAAUUUCGAUGGUAAAAAGAAUAGUUGGAAGUGUUGGUGCAGAAAUUUCUGAAUUGCAGCCUUCUGUUGAUAACUGGAAUGCCAAAGUCUAUGGUAGACCGAAAGCACAUUUAUCUUGUCCUCCUGGACAGAAGAUGACGAACAUAAAAUUUGCUAGCUUUGGCACUCCACAAGGAGUGCAUGGAAAUUUCUCAGAAGGUGCCUGUCAUGCCUUCCAUUCAUAUGAUGCUUUCGACAAGAACUGUGUUGGCCAGCAACACUGCUCAGUCAGUGUUUCUCCUGAAAUGUUUGGAGGAGACCCAUGCCCCGGAACUAUGAAGAAGCUUGCAGUCGAGGCUGUCUGUGAAUGAUUGCCCACAAAAUAUCGAUUAAGUUAAAACAAAGAAGAAGAGGCCAUAUUCUUCUUUGUUAUAUAUAUACCCUACAUACAGAAUUAAUAGAGUUUCAUUGCAAUCGUAGACAGUCAAGAUCUGGAGGCUAUUUACCUUUGGCUAUUGGCGGAGUUGCAGGAACUGCGACACUGGCCAGUAAGGGACUGCCUAAUUAAGUUGGAGCAGAAGAAAAUAUUAAUGUACAUAGGCCAGAUGUUUGAGAUGGCUUGUCGACUAUAUAGAAGAAGAUUGGAGGGGCUAAAGCUUAGAGUGCACAUGUGAUUCUGCAUAUAUUUUGAGUUCAUCUGCAUACUGAAGCAAUUAAAGCUAAGGGCCGGACUGCUGUUUGCAAGCAAUUAGAUCAUCAUUAUCUGAGCAAUAAGCCAGUUCAAAGUGCUUGGCUGGACUGGUGUCUUUCAUUCAUCUAAGAGCAAAGGAUUGUGUUAUACUUCAAACUAUUGAAGUCUGUAAGCAUAUAUGUUGAUCCCUAAUAAAUUGUGGUUGUUCCAUUUCCUUUUC